ACCACCGAGAGAAGAAGAAUAACAAAAGCAACCAGAGAUUUUAAGGGCAGCACACAUCAUCUCCUAACGUCACCUCUCUGGGUCACAUUUGCUUUAAUUUAGAAAAAAAAUGUAACUGGAACCGCGAAGAGUUUUGCGGUCUGGAAGCUUGCGUGGAGUCGCAGCUUGUCAGAAGAAACGCUGUUAAUUGUGUUCAGACUUGUUUUCCUUUUGUGAGCUACGUUAAGCUAGCUCCGAGGUUAGCUCCUGUUCAACGGGCUCGUCAACGUCUGACAGAUCAUCAGCCGGUGUUUACCGUCCAGAUUAACCCCACACCUCUGCCUCAGCUCGCCCCGGUGCUAAUCGUCAGAGAUGGGAAGUCUGGGCAGCAGGUUCCAAUCCCCCUCUCAGGGACCAGAGGAAGCUGCAGAGGGCACAAGUACCAGUCGUAAGCAUGGAUGUGAGUGUAAGAAGAGGAAGCGAAACGCUCAGUGUGACUGUGACAGUGAACAAGAGGAGGACGAUGCCAUAUUAGAUACACCUCGGAGGCAAAAAUUGAAGAGCACAUCACGAUACAUUUAUCAGACGUUGUUCCUGAAUGGGGAAAACAGUGAUAUUCGCAUCUGUGCUCUGGGACAAGAGUGGAACCUCCACAAAGUAUACCUGUGCCAGUCUGGGUAUUUCUCCAGCAUGUUCAGCGGCUCUUGGAAGGAGUCCAACAUGAUGGAAAUUAACUUGGAGAUCCCGGACCAGAACAUUGACACCGAAGCUCUACAAGUGGUAUUCGGAUCACUGUACCGGGAUGAUGUUCUGAUCAAGCCCAGCAGGGUUGUCAGUAUUCUUGCCGCUGCUUGUAUGCUACAGCUGGAUGGUUUGAUCCAGCAAUGUGGAGAGACCAUGAAAGAAAACAUCAGUGCGAAGACUGUGUGUGGCUACUAUGCCUGUGCCAGUAUCUAUGGCUUGGAUUCAGUCAUGAAAAAGUGUCUUGAGUGGCUUCUGAACAACCUUAUGACACACCAAAAUGUUGAGCUGAUGAAAGAACUUGGGACUGAGGUGAUGGAGCAGCUCAUCCAGUCCUCGGACCUGUUUGUCAUGCAGGUGGAGAUGGAUGUAUACACUGCUCUGAAAAAGUGGAUGUUCCUGCAGCUCAAUCUGUUGUGGGACGGCCCAAUCAAGCAGCUCCUGGCUGACGCUGACGCCUGGCUUUGCAAACGCAGGACAGACCUGUGUGAGAAGGAGCCCUUCUUGAACACAGACGAGGGCGCACCUUUCCGUUCAGUCUUCAAAUACGUUCGUCUCCAAUACAUCAUCAACGAUCUGGCUUCUGCACGCAUCUUGGAGAGAGACAAUAUUUUGCCCCCUGAUUGGUUAAUGAUGGUGUACAAAAACCAGUGGUUCGCUAUGCUCCGGACAGAAUUUGACAAUGAUAAUGGUCCACAUGAAGCUAACAAAGAGGAGUUCGAGCUGAGCAGUAUGAGGUGCGGCAGGAAACUGACAAAAGAUGGAGACUACUGCUGGCGGUGGACAGGCUUUAACUUUGGUUUUGACCUGCUGGUGACUUACACGAACCGUUUCAUAGUCUUCAAAAGAAAUACACUGAGUCAGCCAUGUGGGGGCGCUGUGAGUCUGCAACCUCGAAGACAUCUGGCAUACAGGUUACGUCUCGCCUCCUUUGAUAGCCGUGGAAAGCUGGUCUGCAGCCGCUCAACCGGUUACCAGCUGCUCACCCUUGAGAAAGACCAGGAGUAUGUGGUGAUGAACCUGGACAGCCGGUUGUUAUCAUUCCCCCUCUACGUGUGCUGUAACUUCCUCUAUACGUCGCCUCAUUCGGACCACCGUCCAGAUUCCUCAGAACAAGAAAGCACUGCUCACAGCGUCUCUUGAUGCCCUGUUCAGCAGCCAUUAACCGCUACUGUUGCUCCGGUAAUGCUGAGACACUGACACAAGCUUGUAUGUACAAUCCACCAACACAUUUAACAUCACUUUGACAUUGGACAUAUCAUCUGCAUGCCAUGUAACUCUGUGAGGUGUUUAGGGAAAAUAUUUUGCAUCUAUGUAUAUUUGGCACAUUCAGAGUUAGCGACGUAUACGUUACAGCGGCCGGGAGGGAUCGGGCCCCCCUAUGCCUUCAGAGCAGCUUCAAACCUUUGACCUCUGCCGUGAACUGUCUGCACUGGGAUGUUGGACCAUUUCUCAAGAUGGAAAACCUCCAAGUCUUUGGAAACAAUGGGAAUCUACUUUGAUAACGUGCACUUCAGAACUUUAAAUAAUGGCUACACAAUGUUUAGAUCUGGUGAUUCUGAAGACCAUGGACAGGGUUGACUUUAGCACUGUAGAGUUGCUGUUAUCGGUGUGGAUGGGGGCAUCAUCAUCCUGGAAUAUGGGGGACAUCACGAGGGAACAGCACCAGCAGGUGAAACUGGACCUUUACUGGCUUGUAUGGGAACGUUGCUCGUUCUGACCGUAUUGUAAAUUGUUGUUCACUCCACCGAUGGGUGCACUCUAAAACCCGACGGGCACGGUGCUGUUUGAAACUGGGCACGUUUUCCACUCCAUUUCUAAUCGGCACACAAAACAUCAUCUGUCGUUUGUACUGACUUGAAUCGACAGCUCCGUGCAGCAGGCAAACAAAACUCCACGUAGACAAACAAUGUCGUAAACAAUCUAGACUGAUAAACACAUAUUUGAUAUGACUCAUGGUCCAAAUGGAAAAGGUGCUGUACAAUCUCUGCCUACACUUAAAAGCUGUAAAAAGACUAAAUUAAAGCCUGACAAAGCAUCUUUGCCACCUGCUGCUGUUUGGUUACCAGCUGAUAGAGAUUCAGAGGAUUUUCCGACUGUGUUUUAUGAUUCUUUAGUUGUAUCUCAGGCUUUCAGAUCGGAAAGUCCACCACCUCUUCAGUUAAACUGCACCACCACACCCAGAUUAAACCCAGUAUAAACUUUGUGAAAUAACAUUUACUGCAAUGUAUUUAUUUCAUGCAAUGUAGAAAACCUAAUAUGAACAAAAUAAUUGCUUCGAGUGAUACAAGUAAAGUAGCGAAAGUUUACAGUUGGACGUCCGAUUAAAGACACCAGCUUUCUAAUGUUCACAGUAUAAUGUUGAAGGUCUGUUCACCAGCCACACUGUCAAAUGCUGUUUACUCAGAGUCCACUGCUCCUCCUUCGCAGUGCAGUUUGUCUCUGUUUUACACGUGUAGGCAGGAUAUUUAGACUGCUCCCAUCACCACAAUUAUUACCUUUGCAGUUACUUUGUUCUACAGUUUUGUACUAUUAAUUAGGUCACUUUGUUUUGGCAAUUUUGGAAAUAUGUUGUUACCUCAUGCUGUUUCUAAAACCAGUAAAUGGGAUUAUCAGCGGACAUGUACUGCUAACUCGUUUGAGUCAGUAUGACUUGCCUGUAUAGCUGCAACUGUCAUUAAGUUCAAAGUUAAAGGUGUUUUUAUUUGGCAUUUAUUUAUUUUUUACUUCAUUUGUAUUUGUAUUGAUGUAUUUUUGCAAAGGAAAAUAUGUAUACAAUUCUCGACAGCCAAUAAAACUGCCCAUUCACGUGGGCUGUGGUGCUA